GUGUGUUAGAGGCUUCCAUGUCGUGGCCUGCGCGAGUGUCCUAAGCUUCCGAGCGCAGGGGAGCAACGCGGUGCGCCGUGGUCUGGGGUCGCUAACUCCAGCUGCGACCUGGGUGGAAGUUCGUGAUGUUGUUGAAUAGAUGUGAAGUAGAAUGGGGACCUGAGUCACUCACUGACUGUGGGAGUCUUCGAACUUAAGCAGAAACAAAUUGUGAAAACAAAACCAGAAAGAGGGUAGAAACAUUUUAUUUACAAAACAUCUCAUUUAAUUUCAAUCCUCAACUUUUUCGAAUAAGGAAAUGGAAUCUAGUUCAUCAGACAACUAUAAUAAAGACAACGACAAUGAGGAAGAAAGCUUGCUUGCAAAUGUUGCUUCAUUAAGACAUGAACUGAAAAUAACAGAAUGGAGUUUGCAGAAUUUAGGGGAAGAGUUAUCCAGUGUUAGUCCAAGUGAAAAUUCUGAUUGUGUCUGCAAUUCUUCAAGAUCUGAAAGGCUUAUUUUGGAAGAGCUUACUCAACCUAGCUGCCUGGGACAUUUAAAUUACCCACUUUAUAAGAAAGUUUGUAAAACAUCUGGUAGUACUGAUUUUCAAAAGAAACCAAGAGAUAAGGUGUCUUUUUCAUCUGCUUCUGUGGAUCAAGAGAUUAAAAGCCUUCGAGAGAAACUUAAUAGACUUAGGCAACAGAAUGCUUGUUUGGUCACACAGAAUCAUUCUUUAAUGACUAAAAUAGAAUCUGUCCACUUUGAAUUGACACAGUCAAAAGCAAAAAUGUCUAUGUUUGAAUCUGUGCGAGAGCAGGCAGCCAACAUCCCAAUCUUAGAAGAACAGAUUAUAAAUUUGGAAGCAGAAGUUUCAGCUCAAGAUAAAGUUUUAAGGGAAGCAGAAGAUAAAUUAGAGCAGAGUCAGAAAAUGGUGAUUGAGAAGGAACACAGUUUACAAGAGGCCAAAGAAGAAUGUAUAAAAUUGAAGGUGGAUUUACUUGAACAAAGUAAACAAGGAAAAAGAGCCGAACAACAAAGGAAUGAAGCACUAUACAAUGCUGAAGAGCUGAGUAAAGCUUUCCAGCAGUAUAAACAAAAAGUGGCUGAAAAACUGGAAAAGGUUCAAGCUGAAGAAGAAUUAUUAGAGAAAAAUCUUAAUAACUGUGAAAAAGAAAACAAAAGGCUUCAAGAAAAGUGUAAUCUGUAUAAAAGUGAACUUGAAAUUUUGAAAGAGAAAUUCAGGCAGUUAAAAGAAGAGCAUAACAGUGGAAAAGAAAAAUUAAGAAUUAUGGCAAUGAAAAAUUCAGAAGUCAUGUCACAGUUAACUGAAUCUAGACAAAGUGUCCUGAAGCUAGAGAGUGAGUUAGAGGACAAAGAUGAAAUAUUGCGAGAAAAAUUUUCUUUAAUAAAAGAAAACCGAGAAUUGAAGGUUCGUGUUGCAACACAGAAUGAACGACUGGAUUUGUGUCAGCAGGAAAUUGAUAGUUCAAGGUUGGAACUGAGGAGCUUAGAAAAACUGAUGUCCCAGAUGUCAUUAAAAAGAGAAAUAGUUGGCUUUAAGUCAUCUCUUUCUAAGCACCAGAUGAAUAGUUUUUCUAACAAGGAGGACAAUUGCAUUGGCUGCUGUGAGGCAAAUAAAUUGAUGAUUUCGGAAUUGAGGAUUAAGCUUGCAAUCAAAGAGGCUGAAAUUCAGAAGCUACAUGCGAACCUGACUGUCAACCAGUUGUCUCAGAACACUGCUUCUUGUGAUGAUGUUCAAGAAGGUGGCAGAGUAAACACUUUAGAAACAGAGCCUGUAAAGCUAGGUGGUAGUCAAGGUGAAAGUAUAAAAGAUGAAAAUCAUCGUACUAUGAAUAAGCAGUAUGAAAGAGAGAAGGAAAGACUUGCUACGGGAAUAGAAGAACUACGCGCUAAGCUGAUACAAAUAGAAGCUGAGAAUUCUGAUUUGAAGGUUAACAUGGCACACAGAACUAGUCAGUUUCAGCUAAUUCAAGAAGAACUGCUAGAGAAAGCUUCAAAUGCUAGCAAACUGGAAAAUGAAAUGACGAAGAAAUGUUCUCAACUUUUAACUCUAGAGAAACAGCUGGAAGAAAAAAUUAUUGCGUAUUCUUCUAUUGCUGCAAAAAAUGCAGAACUUGAACAGGAGCUCAUGGAGAAGAAUGAAAAAAUAAGAAGCCUUGAAUCCAAUAUCAAUACAGAACAUGAGAAAAUUUGUUUUGCUUUUGAAAAAGCAAAGAAAAUUCACCUUGAACAGCAUAAAGAAAUGGAAAAGCAGAUUGAACGACUUGAAACGCAACUAGAGAAAAGAGACCAACAAUUCAAAGAGCAAGAAAAGACUAUGUCCAUUUUGCAGCAAGAUAUACUAUGUAAACAACAUCACCUUGAAUCACUAGAUAGACUUUUGACGGAAAAUAAAGUGGAAAUGGAAAAAGAAAAUAUGAAGAAAGAUGAAGCUUUGAAAUCAUUGCAGAUUCAUGUAUCUGAAGAAACAGUCAAGGUCAGACAACUGGAUUCAGCAUUAGAAAUCUGUAAGGAAGAACUUGCUUUGCAUUUGAAUCAAUUGGAAGGAAAUAAGGAAAAAUUUGAAAAACAGCUGAAGAAGAAGUCUGAAGAAGUAUAUUGUUUGCAGAAAGAGCUAAAGAUAAAGAAUCAUAGUCUUCAAGAGACUAGUGAGCAAAAUGCUAUUCUACAGCAUACUCUUCAGCAACAGCAACAGAUGUUACAGCAAGAGACAAUUAGAAAUGGAGAGCUAGAAGAUAUUCAGACUAAACUUGAAAAACAGGUAUCAAAGCAAGAACAAGAGCUCCAGAAACAAAGGGAAAGCUCCGCAGAGAAGCUGAGAAAAAUGGAAGAGAAAUACGAGACAGCCAUACAUGAUGCAGAUCUGAAAAGGCAGAAAAUUAUUGAGCUUACUGCUACUGCCAGGCAAGCCAGACUUGAGAUGGAUCAGUACAAAGAAGAGCUGUCUAAAAUGGAAAAAGAAAUAAUACAUCUGAAACGAGAUGGGGAAAAUAAAUCCAUACAUCUCUCUCAGUUAGAUAUGAUUUUAGAUCAGACAAAGACAGAACUAGAAAAGAAAACAAAUGCAGUGAAGGAGCUCGAAAGGUUACAGCACCACACUGAAGCUGAACUAACAGAAACCAUGCAGAAACGGGAAACACUUGAAACUGAACUACAAAAUGCUCAUGGAGAAUUGAAAAGUACCUUAAGACAACUACAGGAAUUGAGAGAUGUACUACAAAAGGCUCAGUUAUCAUUAGAGGAAAAAUACACUACAAUAAAAGAUCUCACUGCUGAACUUAGAGACUGUAAGAUGGAGGUUGAAGACAAAAAGCAAGAACUCGUUGAAAUGGAUCAGGCGCUUAAGGAGAGAAAUUGGGAGCUAAAGCAAAGAGCAGCUCAGGUUACACAUUUGGAUAUGACCAUUCGUGAGCACAGAGGAGAAAUGGAGCAAAAAAUAAUUAAAUUAGAGGGUACUCUUGAGAAAUCAGAAUUAGAACUUAAAGAAUGCAACAAACAGGUAGAAAGUUUAAAUGAAAAGUUGCAAAAUGCCAAAGAACAGCUUCGUGAAAAGGAGUUUAUAAUGCUCCAGAAUGAACAGGAGAUAAGUCAACUGAAAAAGGAGACUGAAAGAACACAACAGAGGAUGAAAGAAAUGGAAAGUGUUAUAAAAGAGCAAGAAGAGUACAUUGCUACCCAAUACAAGGAGGUCAUUGAUUUGGGGCAAGAAUUAAGGCUAACCCAGGAGCAAAUGCAGAGCUCUCGUUCUGAACUGGUGGAGGCUCGUCGCCAAGAAGUCCAAGCACAGAGAGAAAUAGAAAGACUCUCUAGUGAAUUGGAGGAUAUAAAGCAACUCUCUAAAGAAAAGGAAGCUCAUGGAAAUCGUUUGGCUGAAGAACUAGGGGCUUCUCAAGUACGUGAAGCUCAUUUAGAAGCAAGAAUGCAAGCGGAGAUAAAGAAAUUAUCCUCAGAAGUGCAGUCUCUCAAAGAAGCUUAUCACAUGGAGAUGAUUUCACAUCAAGAAAACCAUACAAAGUGGAAAAUUUCUGCUGACUCUCAAAAGACUUCUGUUCAACAACUAAACGAACAACUAGAGAAAGCAAAACUUGAAUUAGAAGAAGCUCAGGAUACUGUAAGCAAUUUGCAUCAACAAGUUCAAGACAGAAAUGAAGUCAUUGAAGCUGCAAAUGAAGCAUUACUUAUUAAAGAAUCAGAAUUAACCAGAUUGCAAGCCAAAAUUUCUGGACAUGAAAAGACAGAAGACCUCAAGUUUCUACCACCUUCCUUUACAACUCUAACAGAAAUUAUGCCUGAUAUUCAAGAUCCAAAGUUUGCCAAACAUUCUCAGAUAUCAUUUUUCAAAUGCAGAAAACUACGUCGCUCUGUUAGUGCCACUGACCUUAGUUUCAAGAGUCAUACCAAUGAAGAUCUCUCUGAAGAAUUGCUACAGGACUUAAAGAAAAUGCAGUUAGAACAGCCUUUGGCAUUAGAAGGUGGUCAUAAAGACCUAGCUUUCAAGCAUUCAGAUUCAUUUAAACCUCUCCCAUAUGACCUGGAAGAUGAUAGUUCUGAGAGUAAUGACUUUAGUACUCUUAGUGGAAUGCUGAGAUACAUAAACAAAGAAGUGAGACUGUUAAAAAAGUCUUCUCUGAAAACAGCUACUGGUUUAACUCAGGGAGGAAAAUUAUAAUUAAAAGAAGAUGUCUAUGUCAUGAAAAAUGGAAUUGUUGGUACUGUGCUGUUUAUUAUAUGUAGUACAUAUUUCAUAGAAGCUGUUAUUUUAUUGUUUUUGAAUAAAUUUUAUUUUAACAUUUUAAAGAAACCUUUCUAAAAUAUAAUUAUAUUUUUAGUGAAAAUUAAUUAAUUUAUUAUUUUUUGAUGGAAAUUGCUGGUUUCCUUGUCUUGUCUUUUACAUAAAGAUAAUGGCUAAAAUACCUAAUAAGUAAAUUUAGCAUUUGUAUUUUUAGUCAUGCUACCGUAUUAUCUGCUAUCUUGUAAUAUUUACUUUUUAAAUUAGGAAUAUGAAUUUAUAAGUCAUUCUAUGAUAAGUUUUUAAGAUUUGCUGGGUGUUCGAUGUUUAUCAGAAACUUUAUAUUUAAUCAUCAAAACAGCCCUAUGAAUCAGAUAUGUUCCUAUUUCUGUUUUUAAAUAGAAUUAUUUAACAUGGUAGAAUUAUAUGUUCUCAAGAAAGUUAAUCAUUGCAAGUAUUUAGAGUUAAUUUUGUGUUAGUGAUUCCAUUUAUACAUGGUUAGCACUUAGAAUUAAACAUUGAAGUCGUUAAUAUAUUAUUAGUCACCCUGUGGGUGCUGGGAGUCAAACCCAGAUUCUCUGGAAGAGGAGCUAAUGCUUUUAAUCGUGGAGAAAUCUCUCCACCCUGUCCAUUAGUAUGCUAGUAGUAUAAUCUGAAAAACACCAAGUUAGAAAGUCUAGAGCCAUAAAGUAUAUUUGAAAGUUUAUAAUACCCAAUAUGAGCAUUACAGAAGUGAUGAUAAUUGGCAAUGACAGAAAGAUUACUUCUCCUAAAGACAGUUGAAUAGCAAAUAUCGAUUCUGUAGAAAAAAAAUGAUAGGAUAAAUAUGAAAAGAAGAGAUAGGAUGUGGAGAGCAUUAAAGUUAAGAAGAGAAGGGGUGUAGAAAAAGUAUUUAGAGUUAUAGCUGAAAAUACCUCAAAUUUAAUGAAAAUAAAUUAGAACCUGUAGACCUAAAUUCAGUAAAGCCUAAGUAGGACAAAUACACACACACAGUCUCACUUAGUCAUAUAGUAGUGAAAUUCUGAAAACCGAAAAUAUAAAGAAUAUCUUAAAAGCAGAUUUCAAAAGUCUUAUUUAGGAAGAUAGCAAUCCAAAAGAAGGCUGAUUUCUAACUAUUAUUUAUAAACAAUUUGACUCCCCCAUCCCUUUGACAGAGUCUUAUUAUGUUUUAUGAUGUAGCCCUGGCUGGCCUGGGACUUCCCAUGUAGACCAGGUUGGACUUGAACUUACAGAAAUUCACCUGCCACUCCUAUGGAGUGCUAGGAUUAAAGGCAUGUUCCACUAUGCCCAUCUAUUUGACAUAUUUUAAAUAUUAAAACACUAAUAUGCUGACAGUAAAUGGAAUUUUUAUUUUAAAAUAUCAUAUAAACAGUAGACAUAAGAAAACUUCAGUGCUAUAUUAAUAUCAGACAAAGUGGGCAUCAAAAUGAAGAUAUACUCUUAAAUGUAUAUACCUCUAAUGCCAGACUUCAAACUAAUGGAAUUAAAAGAAAGAAAAAGAAAGAAAGGAGGGAGAGAAAGAAGGAGUCCACACUCAGUAGGAAGUCUAUCUUAUGCUUUUUAGUAAUUGAAAGAAUAAAAGAACAAAAAUGUGAGUAAAUAUAUAGCAAAUUUGAACAGCAACUUGACUUAACAUUUAAAGAACACUUACUCUAACUGGAGAAUGCACACUUGAGUACAGCAGCAAAUUCUGAGAAAUCAAGUGUUGGGCUACAAUUUGAAUCAUAAUAAUAUUUUAAAAUUUGGAAUCAUCUUACAAUGAUUUAUUUUGAGACAAGGACUCAAACUAUUGCCUAGGCUGCUCAGGGACUCACUCUACAAACCACCGGGCUGGCCUUGAACUUAUGACAGUCCUUCUGCCUCAGCCCCCAAGCAGUGAGAUUACAGACAUAUACCACUAUGCUUGGCUAUUAGAUUUUCUUUUGAGAUUUUAUGUGUAUGAGUGUUUGCCUGAGUGUAUGUCUGCACCACAUGCAUGCAUGUGGUGGAGGCCAGAAUCAGAUAGAUUCCCUGGGACUAGAGUUAAUAGAUGAUUGUGAGCUGCCAUGUGGGCACUGGGGAAUUGAACCCAGGCUCUCUGGAAGAGCAGCCACUCAACUAUUUCUCAGCCACUUAAUUGAUUCUCUCCUUUUCUUCUCUCCCUCCCUGCCUCCUUCCUUCCUUCCUUCUUUCUUUUAUGGUACAGGAAACCAAACCCAGAGCCUCAUACAUGCUAAGCAAGUACCUUGUAAUAAUGAAUUACAAGGUACUGAACUCAUUCCGUGUUGAAUGUCUUUAACAAAUACUCGCGGGCCGGGGGGAAGCAUCAGUAUUCGCAUCAUAUUAUAUUUAAAAACUAGGUCAAGGGCUGGGGAGGUGGCUCAGAAGUAUGAGGACUUAACUAUAAAUCCCCAGCACUUAAUAUAAACUGGACAUGUUGUACAAAUGUUAUAAUCUCAGCGUAUCUAUAGGGAGGUAGUUGGCAUAAAUGAGAGAAUUCUUGGAAGUUCAUAGAUUAGCUAGCCUAAUUUAUCUAGCAAAAAACCAACAGAGAACCUGUCUCAAAACAGAUUGAAGGCAAGGACCAACAGCUACACCCAGGAUUGUCCUCAGACUUCCACGCACAUGCUGUGGCAUAUAUGCACCCACAUUCACUUACAUAUAUACACACAUGCAGCAGGGUCCUAAUUAGUCUUAAUAAUAAAGAGCCAGAGUCAGAUAUUGAGGGCAAAAGCUGAAAGAUCAGAGGAGCAGAGCAGCAGCCACUUCUUACCUCCAUGAAUCCUCAGACUGAAUGGGGCUGUAUCAUGUCUUUAACCAUCUUAUAUUCCUGUCUUCACCUCCUGACUGUGCUGGGAUUAAAGGCAUGUGCCACCACCACCCAUCUCUUUCUCUUUUACAUUCAAUCUUAUGUAGCCCGGGGUGGUCUUGUGUGGUGAUACUUUUGUUUGUGCUCUAACAAAUAAAGCUUGCCUGGAGAUCAGAGUGUGGAGCUAGCCACUUAGAGGAUGGGCAGUGGUGGCACACACCUUUAAUCCCAGCACUUCGUGUCUCAUGCCUUUGAUCCCAGUACUUGGGAGGCACAUGCCUUUAAUCCCAGCACUUGGGAGGAGGAAACAUGAAGUGAUAUGGCUGGACAGAGAGAGGAAGUGAUAAGGUGGGGUGGAGAACAGAGCUCAGCCCUUUCAGUCUGAGGAUUCCUAGAGGUAGGAAGUCUUUCUAGUGGCUGGCUGCUCUGCUCCUCUGAUCUUUCAGCUUUCACCCUGCUAUCUGACUUUGUGUUUUCAUUAUUAAGACCAGUUAGAAUUCACACUACAUUUGGUGCCCAAUGAGGGGUGCCAUUUGUAAACAGAGGCUUUUCUGUCCCGCCUGAUCCUACAGCUGCUUUUAAAAUAAUCACUCAGAGCUGGGAGGUAGUGGUGCAUGCCUUUAAUCCCAGCACUCGGGAGGCAGAGGCAGGUGGAUCUCUGUGAGUUCGAGGCCAGCCUGGGCUACAGAGUGAGUUCCAGGAAAGAUGCAAAGCUACACAGAGAAACCCUGUCUCA